AUGGUGGAAUGGUCACAAAAGAGUACAGUCCGAGUUGUUACCAGCAAAGCCACCAUGUCCACCCCAGAACCAACCACCACGUCCUCUGAGACCUCUGAAGAAAGCCUUCAAGAUGAGAAUGUCUUAAAGAGAGUCGGCAGCCUUCCGUUGGUUACCUCCAUCUGCGACUUGGUUUCUGCAAACUACACCUCCAUCAAAAGGAAGAACUCCUGCCUUCAGUCGGUGUGCAACGGAGCAGAGAAAGGCGUGAAGUCCCUCACUGGAGUCGCAGUUGUCUCUGAUACCAAGGAGUUGGUGAAUUCUACAGUCACAGAUGUCAAGAACACCGUGAUCGGCAGACUAUCAGGAAUGGUUUACAGGACCAAGGAUGCCGUACACGGUAGUGUGAAAACAACCACAUCCUUGGUGACCAGCAGUAUGAGCAUGGUGAUGGGAACGAAAAUGGGCCAGAUGGCCAUGAAUGGUGUGGACGCCAUGCUGGAGAAAUCUCAUGCCUUUGUGGAUCAUUACCUCCUUGUCACAGAUGAUGUGAUGGGUGAACUGCAAGCAUGUUGUGAUGAUGGAGAGACGGCGCCUUUGCAGCAGGAGCAGACCCAGUUAGUAGCCCAUGAAGGCUACCUGGCGUGCCUGAUUUCCUUGCUGAAAAAACUCCACUGCUACGUUUCCCAGCAGUCUCAGCGCCACACGAGGCAUGCCAGCCAAAGCCUCCAAAGAGUCCUAGAAAGCCAAUAUCUGGAAUGGAAGGCUUGGCUGGUGGCCCUCUACUACACCAUCACGCUGCCUCUGAGGACUGUUUAUCUGAUCGUCCUGUUCACCAUCGAGGAGCUGUCGUCCAAGAUCCAGGAGAGCGUGUCCCAGACCCCUUACGUCUUUGAAGAUCUCCGGCUGGCCCUCACCACCCUCGAAUGUCUCCAUGAUCUCUGCAGGAGAAUCCUCGCCCGAGUCUGGAGGAAGAUGCUGGAGGAAGAAAACCUGAAUGCUCUGGUGGGCUACAUAAGGAACAUUCUACCUUUCUGUUUCCUCGCAAGCCACUGCAAAUGCAGGACCUAA